ACCACGCGCCCUUUUCCAAUGAAUCCCUUAUUACUAUGAUUUAUCAGUUCCAGACCCCUGAUCAUGGCCAAAGGCAAACACGCCCCCGCUCCUGGAGCCGUGCGGAAAGACAAAGUGAUCCAUCCCCAUUCGAGGAAAGCUCAAAAGAUGCAGAGUAAGGCUGAGAAGCGGCAUAAACUCCAAGGUGUGGUCAAAAGUGGGGGUCUGAAAUUGCAAGCCUUGGGCGAGCGACUCCAAUGGUUCCGAGAGAAUCUGCCCUUGUGUCUGGAAGAAGGUGAACCUAUGAGCUCGGAGGUCAUGUUGAACUUGGCUGAAGCCUUUUUGAGUCGAUUCCAAGAAGAGUUGGAUCAGAUCGCCAUGAAGAACUCCAUUGGUGGCAAGAAUAAGCGCAAAAAUCAUCAGAGCCGGAUUGAUGUGAUUGAGUUCACCAUGCAAACGGAAAAAGAGGAGUUUGACGGGUGUGGCGUAGAAAUGCCCAAUCUGUUUGACCAGGAUAAUUUGUCCUAUUUCCAACAAUGGGAUGGCGAGUUGAGAUUCGUCCAGAAUAUCAAGUUGGCCCGAUUCAAACGCGCGGAUCUCGAGUCGAAAAAGUUCGAUGAUGGCAACAUGGAAAUGGAAUAGAUUGUGAUCAUAAAUUUCGUACAGCAGGUU